CGGCAACAGCGCGCGGCCGCUGCCCGGGGAAGGGCGCGGGGAGCCGCGGAGUCCGCGGGGCGCAGCGAGCCGGCUGGCGGCGGGGCGACCGCGCACCGGGGCCAUGCCGCGCUCCUUCCUGGUGGACUCGCUGGUGCUGCGCGAGGCGGGCGAGAAGAAAGCUCCGGAGGGCAGCCCGCCGCCGCUCUUUCCCUACGCCGUGCCCCCGCCGCACGCCCUGCACGGCCUCUCGCCCGGCGCCUGCCACGCGCGCAAAGCUGGGCUGCUGUGCGUGUGCCCGCUUUGCGUCACCGCCUCGCAGCUGCACGGGCCUCCGGGGCCGCCCGCGCUGCCUCUGCUCAAGGCGUCCUUCCCGCCCUUCGGCUCGCAGUACUGCCACGCGCCCCUAGGCCGCCAGCACUCGGCCGUGUCGCCCGGGGUCGCUCACGGCCCCGCCGCCGCCGCCGCCGCCGCCGCGCUCUACCAGACCUCCUAUCCACUUCCCGACCCCAGGCAGUUCCACUGCAUCUCCGUGGACAGCAGCUCCAACCAGCUACCCAGCAGCAAGAGGAUGCGCACCGCGUUCACCAGCACGCAGCUGCUAGAGCUGGAGCGCGAGUUCGCCUCCAACAUGUACCUGUCCCGCCUACGCCGCAUUGAGAUCGCGACCUACCUGAAUCUGUCCGAGAAGCAGGUGAAGAUAUGGUUCCAGAACCGCCGGGUGAAGCACAAGAAGGAGGGCAAAGGCAGCAACCACCGCGGAGGCGGCGGGAGCGCGGGUGCCGGCCCCGGCGCGCCGCAAAGCUGCAAAUGCGCGUCGCUGUCCUCAGCCAAGUGCUCCGAGGAUGACGACGAAUUGCCCAUGUCUCCGUCCUCUUCGGGGAAAGACGACCGGGAUCUCACGGUCACUCCCUAGGCGCACGCCUGCCCAGGUCGCCCAGC